AAGUGCCCUAACAGAAUCAAAUUGCUGAGCCUGUCACCUGUGUUCCAGGAGCCAAACCAGCAAUGUCUUCCCCUGCACAACCUGAAAUCCCUGCCCCGCUGGGCAACUUGAAGAUUCAAUAUACCAAGAUCUUCAUCAACAAUGAAUGGCAUGACUCAGUGAGUGGCAAGAAAUUUCCUGUUAUUAACCCUGCAACGGAGGAGAUCAUCUGCAAUGUGGAAGAAGGGGACAAGGCAGAUGUUGACAAAGCUGUGAAGGCUGCACGACAGGCUUUUCAGAUUGGCUCCCCAUGGCGCACCAUGGAUGCUUCAGAGAGGGGGCGGCUGCUGAACAAGCUGGCUGACUUAAUGGAAAGAGAUCGUCUGCUGCUGGCUACAAUGGAGGCACUCAAUGGUGGAAAAGUCUUCGCUAAUGCAUACUUGUCAGAUUUAGGAGGCUGCAUAAAAGCAUUAAAGUACUGUGCAGGCUGGGCUGACAAGAUCCAUGGUCAAACAAUACCAAGUGAUGGAGAUAUUUUCACUUAUACAAGACGUGAGCCUAUUGGAGUGUGUGGCCAAAUCAUCCCUUGGAAUUUCCCAUUGCUCAUGUUCAUUUGGAAGAUAGGCCCUGCCCUUGCCUGUGGGAACACAGUGAUCGUCAAACCCGCAGAGCAAACCCCUCUCACUGCUCUUCAUAUGGCAUCUUUAAUAAAAGAGGCAGGGUUUCCUCCUGGCGUGGUGAACAUUGUUCCUGGUUAUGGACCAACUGCAGGGGCAGCCAUUUCCUCUCACAUGGACAUCGACAAGGUGGCCUUCACAGGAUCAACACAGGUUGGCAAAUUAAUUAAAGAAGCUGCAGGGAAAAGCAAUCUGAAGAGGGUCACCCUGGAGCUGGGGGGAAAGAGUCCUUGCAUUGUGUUUGCAGAUGCUGACUUGAACAUGGCCGUUGAGUUUGCACACCAUGGUGUGUUCUACCAUCAAGGCCAAUGUUGUGUCGCAGCAUCUAGAAUUUUUGUUGAGGAGUCAGUUUAUGAUGAGUUUGUGAAAAGGAGUGUUGAGCGAGCUAAGAAAUAUGUUCUUGGAAAUCCUCUGACCGCGGGAAUCAAUCAAGGUCCUCAGGUAAGUAUACAAUAAAAAAAGACAAGCAUU